CCAGCAGGAUGAAAUCUACCUGCAAGAAACAAAUGAGCAAUUAUGAAGAAACAGUGGGCUUUUAGAACAGCAGAAACGACGCAGACUGGAUUGGCUGCAUUUCGAUGGAGACGCUGUCAAAAACACUCGGUGCUGAUGCUACGCGGGAGAAGGAGCUCCGUCCACCACCAGCACCCAGUGGAGUAGUAUCUGACAACCUGUCACUCACAUCGUAUAGAGAAUAUCCUGCUCACCGUCCUUUCAUCCACACACUUGUGCAUCAAACACCCCAAACACACACACAUAAGUCAUAUCGCCCAUCAUCACCCAGCAAGGCAUUCCCAGAGACCAGUAGUGCAGAGAUCUUAUCUGCCUUGAGGAACCUCCAGGAGAAGAUCAGGAGGUUGGAGUUGGAGAAAGGACAUGCAGAGUUUAGUCUGCACACUAUGGGGAAAGAUUCAUCAUGCAAACGUCUGCAGAGUGAUAAAGUCACACAGAGACUCUCAAAGGAUCACACGGACACAGAAAGAGAGAUAAGUGGACAGUCCAACUGCAAUCAAGUGUUGAUCACCCACCUGGCUGCUGCAGAGUCUCGCUGUGUGAAGCUGGAGCGACAGCUGGAUUACAUGAGGAGGAUGUUGCGCAGCGCCAAGGCAGACAGGACCAGCCUGCUCAAACAGCAGGUUUCCAUGGAGACAGCUAAGUCAGCUGAUCAACAGUCUGACCCACCGUCUGAGCAUGCCCAGUUGGAGAAGCUGGAGCGACUGGAGCAGGAGUAUUUUAGGCUGACACGCACACAAAACAACGCUGAGAUGAAAAUCCAGCAGUUGGAGAUGAAACUACAGGAAGAGGAGCACCAGAGAAAGCUGGUCCAGGAUAAGGCCAAUCAGCUACAGACAGGUUUGGAGACCAAUCGUAUACUGCUGCAUUCAGUGUCCCCUCACCUGUCCACAAGUCAGUCCAAAGAGAAAAAGUCCAAUUCUAAGAAAUCUUCACCACAGCAGUCGUCCUACACGGAGCCACACUACAGGCUGAGCCUCAGAGACGUCCCUUUUGUUGCUGGAACGUCAGUGGGCUGCAGCCACUCGGUCCGAGCAAACGUCCAGUCAGUUUUGUCUCUCCUGAAGAGACACCAGCCACACCUCUGCAACAGCCGCGUCCUCUCUAACAACGCAAACGGCUAUGAGACGGGUAGUCACAGGCAUUCAGACAGCUCCUCGUCUUCCUCCUCUGCCAGUGGUGAAGAACUCUCAGAGCUGCUGCAAGCGCUACAAGAGGAGCUGCGACUCAUGAGCUUGGAGCAGGACGAGUUGACGGUGCAGGUGGAGGCCGGUGUUUCUGACCAGGAAAGAAAAGAACUUCAGAGGGAGCAGGAGAGGCUGCUGCUGAAAAUGGAGAGGAAAGGAGAGCAGAUUGGUAAACUCUACAAACACAAAACUCAGAUAAAGCAGUUAAGAAAGGAAGCUAAUUCCAUGCAGAACAGUGGGAAUGAGGUGAGAGUGACUACCACAGUGUCCACUAGAGGUCGCUCUUCUGCAGCUGUCAAAGUUAGACCAGGAGAGAGGAGCAAGAGGAACCUGAGGCUGCUGAGGGACAUGAGGACUCUUCAGACCUCAUUGUGGACCUGAAAGUCACCAGGACAUGAACACAUCCAACACAUUAGGUUCAUCUUCUAGUCGGUGCCAUCUACCCACUAAUCACUACAAAUAAUGACCUAUAGUGGAGGAAAAUAUAUCUUUUCGACUGUAUUAGGAAAACAUGUAAUACAUCUAAAAAUACUGUUUUAAACCGACAAUUAGUGGCCUAAUAUGUCUUAUUUAAAAAGAAGAGAGUUGUUCAAAUGAUAAUUGACUUACUCUUUAUAAACACCAUAAAACAGGUUUUGUUCAUGGAGCAUGUUGAAGUCAAAUAUCUGCCUGGAUCAGGAUUUAUUUUUUCUUGUACCAGCAGAGGGCAUGAACGUUCAUAAUCAUGGCUGUAGCAUACUAUAACUGAAGAUCCAAUGAGUCCUGGUAAAUAUAUUUUAUAUAUAUAUAGUUUUCCAUGUAGUUUUCUGGCCAUGGAAACAUAUUUUACAUUAAUGGACAAACCUGGACUUAAAUGAGUUCCAGAAAAAGAAAUGUUAAGAGUUUUAUUUUUUUAAAUUAAGAAAUCCAAAAUCACCUGGUGCUAAAAUAUUACUAGGUUGCUUGAUACAGAUGAUCACAUUUCAUAAAUAUUCAUAAAGUGGAUGUAGCGGCCCAUUAGUGGUGUAAAGAAACGGCAGUGAUGAAAUAGUUUGAUACAUAUUUGUGCAAUUUAAUUAGCCUAAUGUGCUGAAGGACCUAAAAGACGCUGCUGUGUUGGGUUAAAAUGACUGAACCCCUUGAUGCGUCAUAUUGCAGACGCUCAAUAUGUUUGUGUAUGGUGUGUAUAUGCACGCAUGUGUUGUGUGUUGAAGAGUUAUGAAGUAUUUAUGUUUGCAUAUGACUACAGUACCGUUUUGUUUUUGGCUUUGUUUUGUCAACCAGCCUUGACACUACUUUUUAUUGUUGAAGGUAUUCCAAUGAUCCAGUAUGCCCUUGUACCUGUACCCUCCUCUUUGACAUACUUGUCUUAUCUACCUUUGAUGCUGUUACUGGCGUCAUGACUUCAGUAGAUAUCAGACCAGAAUAAAAUCAUAAGGACCAUAAAACAAAUGAUCAGCAACUGUUUUUACCACAUCUUAGGGCUUUAUGCUUUAAUACAGCAUUUAAGACUAAACUAAGCGUUAUACCUUCAAACAAACUAAUUCAGUGUGAGACAAAGGAAUAACAUUGACAUGAGAAGAUUUCCAUAAUUCAUCCUAACAUUCAAUGAAUUAUAAAUAUGUAGUAUAGUUGUUUUUGUGACAUAUUUAUUCUAAACACUGUUGACCCCAAAACAUGUAUGAUCUUGUUUAAAAAAAGAAGAACAGUUUGAUUUUACAAUAAUGAAAUUUAUACAAAUAAGUGAAUUCAUUUAGAUCGAUUUGGUACCACUUAUACAGUAUAUACAUAUUAGAUCAGCUUUAAAUGCAAAAGCUUUUGUUUUGUUUAGGGUAUUUGUUUGGCAGAAGUAAAGCCAAAGGUUGUCUUUUCUUUUUUCGCAAAUGCUCGGCAUAUGAUCACAUCUGAGUCUGAGGAAAUCUAUUUGAAUUCACUAAGAAUUUGGAUGCACUUCAUAGCUACUUUGCCCUCUCCUACAAGGUUGCCCCCGUGCGUAUUCAUGUGAUUGUUUUCUCUUUUUUUUCUUAUUUUAUGGAGGAAAAAACUAAUUUAUAAUUCAGUGUUUGAUUCUUGCACCAUCAUUUCGGGUGGAGAGAAACCCUGAUGGUUCCAUGCUCCUCCACUAUUAUGCAGACCACAGGGGACACUGCCACAUUGUUCCUAGUAAUAAAGAAUAAAAAAAACACUUCCUUUAGAAUAUGUAUAAAAGACGCAUGUGGUUUUCCUGGUGACACAGUGGCCCGCUGUUGCUGCUCGUACCAACAAAGUCAACAGUAAGACUGGACAUUUACCAGCAAUCCAGUCCCUCCAGCCUUCGAUCAUCAUCUGGAUUAAAGAGGUUAGAUUAAUGAUAUGUGUUGCAAGCUCUGAAAAACACUAAAAACAUAUUCAUUUUGAAAUCUGCAUAUAAACUGUGGAGGAUAAGGACUACGGAAGCCUGCACACUGAUGAUCAAUCAGAAGAUGGAGCUCUAGAGAGGUUAAAGGAUACAGAUCAAUUUGGUCUAACAGAAGUUCAAAAUAAUAUGUAUGACAGCGACAUGUGGUCACAGAGGAACGACAGCUGAUUACGGCUGCCGUGCGUGGAAACCAACAAUCAAAGCAAACAGGCAGAGCCAGGUUCUGUGUGGUCCUGUGAGCUGAUGGACUAUAAAUGAUUCAUCAACCAAGGUGCAGCCCACGCCAUUGCUAUUGAACACUAUCCAUUGACAAAAUAGCUUUUGUGUAGUUGGUGUCAUUCUCACUAUUGAUUACAUCAGCUAGCUAGAUUCAGGCGGCAAUAGCUUAGUCCAUAGGGUCUUGGCUUGGGUCGGCGGUUCAAGUCCUUGAACGGACCACGUGCGGAGCGUGGACUGGUGAGGAGCCAGUUCACCUCGUGGGCACUGCCGAGGUGCCCUUGAUCAAGGCACCGGACCCCCACACCGCUCCCCUCGGGCACUAUAUAGUAGCUUCCCACUGCAUCGUAAUGCUGGGAUGGGUUAAAUGCAGAGUCUAAAUGUCACUGUGUGUGCGGUGUUCAUGUGUGACGAUUAAAA